AUGCGGCUUUACGCGUUGAAGGGUCGGGGGGUUGGGCAGACGCCUUGGCGACGUCUUGACACCGACCGCGAGAGCGCCUUUGGCGGCAAUCAGAGUCACAGCUGGACUGCUCAAACCGCCCUGACGAUUCCACUCUUUCCUCUGAUGCUGGUGCGCUUUCUUGGCCUGGAUAGGCUCACCUCCAGUCUAGGCAACAUCAAUCUGGCCAAGGGCAUUGCCUGCAUCGUGGGGCCUCUGAUCGCAGCUGUCCGAUCCGAACGAGAGGCCUCCGCUUACCACCUCACUCCGCCUCAAGGUGGUCGUUUGUCCCUUACCGGACAGUCUAUUGGCAGAUUCAGCUCGUGCCAUGUUGCAAGUGCACACACACAAACACCAACAAGCCUAGGCUUUGUCCAAUGCUUUUGGCAGUAA